AUGGAAAGAGAUAUUAGAUUUUGUCCAGAAUGCAAUAAUAUAUUGUGUCCAAAGGAAGAUAUUGAGCGAAGGAAACUUUUGUAUGCUUGCAGGAAUUGUGAAUAUUUUAGUUAUGCUGAUCCGACAAAUGCUGAAGAGAACGUUGUAAACUGUAUUACCUAUCAAUAUGAAGGAAAGGAAGAUAUUCUUGUCGCCAGAGGUUUACACCAGGAUCCAACACUUGGAAGAACUCUUGAAUGGAAUUGUAGAGGAUGUGGUCACAAUGUUGCCGUCUUCUUCCAACUCCCUGAGAGAGUAUGCUCAGAAGCUAUGACUCUAGUCUUUGUUUGCGUUAGUUGUGGAGAGUGGGUUAAGGAAGGGAAAGAGAGUGAUGACGAAAUGGAAUAUAAUGACGAUCACUCUAAUAUUUUUAAUAGGCCAUAUUUUGAUAUAGAUAAUAUUUCAUUUGAACCCAAAAAAGAAGAGACUGAAGAUAAUAACUACCAGCCAAUCAAAGAAGACUGA